AUGACGAACCUGAACGAGCUCGUGGCUGCCGUAGACGAGCCUCAGAAUGCGGAGAAGCAGUCCAAGGCGGAGCGAGCAUUUGUCGCUCGCCUCGACCUUUUCCUCCUCACAUUCGGGUGCAUUUCCCAGGUUAUCAAAUAUCUUGACCAGGCCAACAUUAACAAUGCCUAUGUCUCGGGCAUGAAAGAGGAUCUGCAUCUCAAGGGAAAUGAGCUGAACUUAUUUACUACCUAUUUCAACGUUGCGUACUGCAUCAUGUUGAUUCCGUCGCAGAUCAUCAUGACCUAUGUCCGUCCCAGCUGGUGGCUCCCGUCAGUCGAAAUCGUUUGGGGCGUCAUCACAGGUCUUAUUGCCAUUACCCACAAUGCGAAGCAAGUCUACGUUUUGCGUGCCUUUCUGGGCCUCUGUGAAAGCGCUGCCUAUCCUGGCAUGAUUACCCUCUUCAUGUCUUGGUAUACACCAACGGAAAUGGCCAAGCGGAUCGGAUUCUACCACUCCUGCCAGUCUGUGGGACAGAUGCUGUCUGGUGCGCUGCAGGCUGCCAUUAUCAACAGCCUCGGCGGCAAGUCUGGUCUCGCAGGAUGGAGGUGGCUGUUUGUCGUCAACGCAAUCAUUACCGUCUUCUGGGGUCUUGCAGGCUACGUCAUGAUUCCUGACAUGCCCAACAAGCCAAACCCGUGGUCCUUUUGGUUCAAGAGGGUUCACUCAGAGCUCGCUCUCAGCCGCCUCGCUCGUACAAAUCGCGUGGAUGCCAAGCCCAUAUCUUGGGUCGGCGCUAGGCGCACAUUCACAAAUUGGCUGGUAUACAUCAUCGCCGUGCUGUAUAUUGCAAUGGUUCUCGGCACAUCUGGUGCCGACUACUUUGGCCUGUUCCUCAAGUCUGUGCGCACGGCUGAUGGCAAGCUGCGCUGGACGACCACGGACGUCAACGUGAUUCCGAUCGGAGGUUCUGCUAUAACAGUCGUAUUCGUUUGGGUUUGGGCUUACAUGUCCGAUUUCUUCCGCACGCGAUGGCUCUUGAUCAUUCUGCAAGCCGUCAUUGCCAUAAUGGUCGGUAUUAUCAUGAGUGUCUGGACCGCGCACCCGCAAAGUACGCCACUCCCUGCAGCGUACGCCGCGUACUUUAUUCAGCGCAUCGCCCUAGGUACUGCGCCUCUCAUAUGGGCAUGGCUGUCCGACUUAUCGCCAACGGACCCCGAAGGCCGCACACUUAUUGUCGGUGCUUCAAUUGCAGGUUACUAUUCUAUUUCGGCCUGGAGCCAAGUACUUCUGUGGCCCGCCAGCCAGGCUCCGUACUACAACUAUGGUUGGCAAUCUGCCGCUGCCCUCUGCGCACUUGUGGUUAUUCUUUGCGUUGUUCUGCGCAUUGUAGAUGUCCGCUACCUUGCUCCCAAAAGAAAAAUGGACGCCGAAAUUGCUGCAGUCAUCGCCGAGGAUGAAGAUGGCCUGGAAGACGCCGAUGCCAAGUUGGACGCUGAGUCCCACGUACGUCGUGUGGAGAGCACCGCCACGCAGAACCAUGGCACGUCCCCCACGCCUCGUGACUGA